GCAAAACUAGUGAAAAUUAAGUGAGUUCACCGCAAUGAAGGCGUUUAUAUUUGCGUUGCUAGUAGGCGUUUGCGUUGCCCAAAACGCUGACACCAACCCAAGACGUUUCCCCGCCAGUUUCAAACUUGGAGUAGCCAAUGCCGCAGCUCAAAUCGAAGGUGCCUGGGAGGAGGACGGCAAAGGAGAACACAUUUGGGAUAAUUGGGCUAAGGUUCGUCCAGAGAUGAUUUCCGAUAGAUCUACACCUGCUGUAGCUGCUGAUUCAUAUCACAAAUACAAAGAAGAUGUACGUCUAAUCAAGGAGAUGGGUCUUGAUGUUUAUCGUUAUCCAUUUCGUGGGCUAGAAUCUACCCAACAGGAUACCCAACUGCGGAACCUAAUGCAGCUGGUGUACAAUACUACAAAAACUUAUUGGCCGAAUGCAAACAGAAUGGAAUCCAAGUAAUGGCUACCCUUUACCACUGGGACUUGCCCCAACAACUCCAGGACGACUUCGGCGGUUGGCUCAACGAAACUGUUGUCGAUCUAUUCGCCGCCUUCGCUGAUGUUUCCUUCAAGCUCUUCGGUGACGACGUCACGUGGUGGAUCACCAUCAACGAGCCCAAACAAGUAUGCCACGCUGGAUACGGAGAUGGAUACUUCGCACCCGGUGUUGUUUUCCAGCGGCGUUGGAGAAUACGUUUGUGCCAGGAACGUGCUUCUAGCUCACGCAAAGGCUUAUCAUAAUUAUAAUGAUAACUACAAAGCUUCACAAGGAGGAAAAGUUUCUAUGGUAAUUGACACUCUUUGGUUUGAACCCGGCAGUGAUAGUGAUGCAGAUAAAGAUGCAGCCGAAAGAUUGUUACAAUUUGGGUUCGGUCUGUACGGUAACCCCAUCUUCAACGGAGAUUGGCCCAAACUCGUCAAAGACCGUGUAGCCAUGCGCAGCGAGAAGGAAGGAUUCAAACAGUCCCGUCUUCCAGCUUGGACGCAAGAGGAAAUCGAUUACAUCAAAGGCACUGGAGACUUCGUUGCUCUAAACCAUUAUGCCACUCACAUGGCUAACGGAACCAGCGAAGCACCCAUCGGAAAUCCCAGCUUUGGAUCCGAUAUUAGUGCUCUGGAAUGGGCUAGACCUGAAUGGCCAAAAGGCAAUGGAGAUUGGUUCUCGAUUGUUCCAUGGGGAUUAAGGAAACUUCUUGUUUGGUUGAAGGAUACCUACAAUGACCGGGAGAUUAUUAUUACUGAAAAUGGUUUAUCCGAUAGUACUGGAGUUUUAGAAGAUGACCAUAGAGUUGACUAUUUUAGAGAUUACAUCAGUAACUGCUUGGAUGCUAUCUAUGAAGAUAAUGUCAAUCUUAGUACUUACAUUGCCUGGAGUAUCAUUGACGAUUGGGAAUGGGGAGGUGGAUACACAUCAUUCUUGGGAAUGUACAAAGUUGAUUUCAACGAUCCUGAAAGGCCCAGAAUCAAGAGAAAAUCCGCGGACUACUUCACACAAAUCGUAAAGAACCGUUGUUUGGUUGAUGCAGACAAAUGUGUAGACUAAAUAUAUUUUCUGUGAAAAUUGUGACAUUUAUUUUAUAAAUAAACUUUAAAAACUGUGUUUAGCGAUCUUUUAA